AUGUCAUCAAUAGAUUAUAAAUUUCAUCCAAAUAAAAAAACAAAUAUAAUAUUAGCACCAUUUUCAGGUGGUCAACCAAAAGGAGGAGUAGAAUUAGGACCAGAAUAUAUAAUAAAUGCAGGUUUUGAAAAUCAAAUUAAAAAUUUAGGUUGGUUAACUUCCAUAUCAACUCCUUUAAAAAAUUCAAAUUUUGAAAUUAAUAAAUCUGAUACUAAAGAUAAAUUUAAUGUUAAAAAUUCUAAAAUUGUAAGUGAUUGUUGUAAAUUAAUUUAUGAAACAAGUUUAAAAACAUUGGAGGAAGGUAAAUUACCAUUAGUUUUAGGUGGUGAUCAUUCAAUUGGUACUGCUACAGUUGGAGCAAGUUUAAAAUAUAAUUCAAAUACAUGUGUUUUAUGGGUUGAUGCUCAUGCAGAUAUAAACACUCCAAAAACAACACCUUCGGGGAAUUUACAUGGUUGUCCAUUAAGUUUUUUAUUAGGUUUAGAUUCUGAUAGUUAUCCACCUGAAUUUUCAUGGGUUCCUCAAAUCCUUAAAGCUAAUAAAUUAGUUUAUAUUGGAUUAAGAGAUGUUGAUGAAGGUGAAAAAAAAAUCUUGAGAGAAAAUAAUAUAGCAGCUUUUACAAUGUAUCAUAUAGAUAAAUAUGGAAUUGGAAAAGUUAUAGAUAUGGCAUUAGAUAAAGUAAAUCCUGAAAGAAAAGAUCCAAUUCAUUUAAGUUAUGAUGUUGAUGCUAUAGAUCCUUCUUUUGUACCAGCAACUGGGACAAGAGUUGAAGGUGGUUUAAGUUUAAGAGAAGGUUUAUUUAUUGCUGAAGAAAUUGCCAAUUCUGGUUUAUUAUUAAGUUUAGAUAUUGUUGAAACUAAUCCAAUGUUGGCAGAAACUGAAGAACAUGUUUUAGAUACUGUUAGUGCUGCUUGUGCUAUUGGAAGAUGUGCUUUAGGUCAAACUUUAUUAUAG